ACGCCGAGAGCAAAAAAACUGUUUUUUGCCACAAAAGUAACCCCUCGCUCCAAAACAUCAAAAUCCUCAAUACAGUCUCGUUUUGAAUAUGAGAUGUUCGAGACGGUCGAAUGUAACAUGCAGACUCCUGAAGAUGACAAGGGUUCUGACACGAUCUCUGACCCACAGAUGUUUGAGGCAGUCGAGUGUAAGGUGGAGCCACAUGAAGAGAACACGGGAUUUGACACAGUUCCUGACCCACAGAUGUUCGAGGCAGUUCAGUGUAAGGCAGAGCCACAUGAAGACAACACAGAAUCUGACACAGUUCCUGAGCCAGAGUUUUUUGAAGGAGUCGAGUGUAAAGUGGAGCCUCUUGAAGACGACACAAGAUCUGACUCACCUUCUGAACCGCAGGACUUCGUAUUUGUGACGGUGAAGACGGAACCUUCUCAGGCAUCUGCAUCAGCAACCAAAGGAGCUGACAGCACAAAAACAGGUGGCGGAGCAGCUUCACACCCGUCACCGGCUCUACCGUCAGUUACCGGUCGAAAACAAAAAUCGAUUAUCCACAGCCAGGCCAGAAAAAUAAUAUUAAAUGUGGCAUACUGUUGUGACCUGGAGAAACAGAAGAAGCAGCUGAUCUUCCCACUGAACGAGCCGCUGAAGCGAGCCGCCGUCUACACCGGGAGGACUGUGGAGAGCCUGCUGGAGUUGCGGGAGUCUCCUGCGGCAGACGCUGGCGGCGGCUCUCCGAUGCCCGUUCCCAACAAGAAGAGGGUGUUCGCGACACCUUCGAGCGGCGUCACCGAGGCAUAAAUAUCGCUGUCCGCGCUGCACCUUGCCCCUGCUGUGUUACGCCACUGCAUAGGCACCGGACAUCACAGAUUGGGGUUGAUACAGCACACUACACUAAUGGUGGCCUUGCCUCACUGGGUGAAGAAUUGUAGGCUGUGAUUGGCACCACUGCAUUCUACGUAGGCACGACAACCGACAAGCCGUCUGUCCACACGAACGGCCACCGACAAACUGGCCAAAAAACAAGUGGACCACCCUGUAGCCAAACGUGAUAUCCCUCAUCUCAAUGACUGCUUCACAGCCUUC